AACAGACAUGCGCUCCCGCUCGUGCACCUUGCUCCAGCCAGGGGCGCGCUUAUAUGCGCGUUCACUUUGUGUAUGAGUGUGUGAGCGAGAGCGACAUUCAUCAUCACAGUCCAUUCAAUUUGUACCAGCCGCUGACCGACUCACAGCUACAGCCAUGGCCUCUGGUGUGAAAGUCACAGAUGAAGUUAUUGCAGUCUUCAAUGACAUGAAGGUGCGUAAGGCUCAGGCGAACGAGGAUGAGAAGAGGAAGAGGAAGAAGGCCAUUCUGUUCUGCAUGAGCAAGGACCUCAAGAACAUUGUUCUGGAUGACGGCAAAGAGAUCCUGCUGGGUGACUUGGGAAACACCGUCCAUGACCCAUACCAGCACUUUGUCAAGAUGUUGCCCCCAGACGACUGCCGCUACGCCCUGUAUGACGCCACCUACGAGACCAAAGAAACAAAGAAGGAGGACCUGGUCUUCAUCUUCUGGGCUCCAGAUAGUGCCCCAUUGAAGAGCAAGAUGAUCUAUGCCAGCUCAAAAGAUGCUAUCAAGAGAAAAUUCGAAGGUAUUAAGCAUGAGUGGCAGGUGAACGGUUUGGAAGACCUCAAAGACCGGCACACCCUGGCAGAAAAGCUCGGCGGCUCGUCAGUAGUCAGCCUGGAAGGAGCACCUAUAUAAAUAUUGCCCCCCCGCCCUCCUCUCUGGCUUCGAUCGAGGCCUUUCAGACACAUCUGUUGGGUUUAGCUGUGCAUUCCAGUCUGGUUUGGAGAAGGGCAAAAGCAGAACCAGCACCAUUUGCGGGACUCUUCGGGGUGGGAUAUUGUGGGUGGGUUCAGGGUCAAGUGACAGUUUAAAACGAAACAAAAAGAAAUUCCACAAAUGCAGACUGUCAUUCCAGUUCACGCAACAUAAAAAAAUUAUGAACAAAACACACACAAAGGAAAACAUUAAGAUACAACUGAGGAAGGAGGAUGAUGAUGGCGAUGAUGAUGUUAAAACUUAAAUACACAUAUUGUUCAUGUUUAAAGACAGGGUUUUGUUCUUUAUUUCCGGGUUCCAUUUGAAUGAUUGCAGAGAAAGGGACAGACGAUAACCUUUUAGCUUUCCAACCAUUGAAUCCUGACAAAUCGUUCCAACUACUUUUUUUUUUUUUGCCAAACUUCUAGUUAAGUUUUGUAAGUGUGUGUAGUUGAGACUAGUUGUAGUACAAACUAAUUCACAAGAUGUAUCAAAACCUUCUCUGGGGGUGGGGCACCAUUAAAUAUAUAUAUUUUUCUUUUAUUGUUUUGUUAUUCCAUUUGUUUUCUUUUUGAACAUGAAAAUUCCAAAACUUGAGUGAUUUUUAUUUCCAGUUCUGGGUCAGAAAACAUGGCAUUCGAUGUAGUUAACAAACAACAUUCCUCGUACUUGUUAAAACCAGGAUCUCCUUGAAUUAAAAAAUCUUUGGUGUUAUGAAGGUCUGAUGGGGAGCGAUGUGUAUAUGAAAGACCAGCGGUCAGAGUUUAGACUGAAUAUUGAAUGGUGGAUGUUUUGUAUCGUCUCCUUAUCUCUAAUAAAAAGCACUAAACUAC